GAGCUCUGAUUACAGAUCUUCUACUAUGCCACGAAGCACCCUCAUUUGGAGUAAUUCAGGAAACACAAGGAGUCAUAUGUACUCCUCUAUGUAUAGCCAAGAUAUGCCAAAGCAUUAUAGUAGAUAUUCGGAUCCACCAAGAAGCCUCACAUUCUUCAGAUAUCACAGUUCAACACCAAUAAGAUACUCCACAUAUCCCAGAUUCCAUAGCAGAUUUUACAGAUGAAGCCACUGAUUGAAUUUGAAGCAUUGAAGCAGCCGAAAACACCACACUGUUAGAAAAAUGUCCUAAAAAUUUUGUUAAAUUUCGAAACAAAUACACUUUGGUCUUUUAUAAAAAGAUAAAAUUGUUAGAUUUUUUUCUAAUUGUGGAAUAAAAACUAAUAUUUUUGUAUUCACUCAAAAUAGAAUUUGGGAUUUAGUCACCUAAUACUAGUAGCUUAGCUUCAUUUGCCAGGACUUCAGUUGCCAUAAUUUUGUCAUUUUGAGUAUAAAUCUUAUUGUAAUUGAUCACUAAGCAAAUGAAUAUGUUAUAACUUAUGACAAGGACUCGUUAAUUAAAACAAUAUAAUGGUCACUGUAAUUACAACAAAUGAAUGUUAACCAUAAAUAACUAUAAAUAAACGUAACUAAUGA